CGCUGCGCUUCGUUGGGGCCCAGCCCUGGGCUUGGGGAGGGAGGUUGGCGCCUGACAGUGCUUCGCGGGACGAAACGGGUCUGAAAUCGCUCCUCUGUACCGCGGGGAUGUUCUCCGAGGCGGCCCGAAGCUGCUCCGAGAGGCGUCCGUCCAUCAGCAUACGCUUGGAAAGGUCGCAAGCUGGUCACAUCCCCAGGCAGGCCGGCCGGCCGAGGGGAGACGCUUCCAGGCAAAAGUGCACCUAGAUAAUUUUGGAGCCUGGACCUAAAGGCCUUUGGAGCCUCCCCCCGCCCCCGCAGAUUAAGAAUCAUCAUGCUCUGCCGGUGACCACACCACCUGGGACAGACCAAAGAGGCUUUUGGGGGACCAGGGACUGUGGAGGCCCUGGACUUCGGCCCCAAGUCCAGGGGUAAGAGUCCCUCUGCCAGGCUCGUGAUAACUUGGCUGGGGGGCAGAAGCAGCCCUGGCUCGGGAAGGGCUGUCCCACGAGAGGGGGAGAAGGGAAAUGUCCCCCAAGCCGUCUGUGGUGGAGAGGAGUUCCGCGGGCCUACAUGACUACUGCAGCAGCCCCGCGGCGCGACCAUCCCCGGCGGCGGCGGCGGCAGCAGCAGCAGCAGCAGGGCUUGCUUGAUUCGGCUCUUUGGGCUGCGGGAGGGAUGGAAGCGCCUCGACAGCGGCGCGGGCUGGGUCAGCAGAGCGCCUGGGGCGGGUCGGCCGGCUGGAGAUGCCGGCCUGGGCGGCUCCUGCCCGUCCCCCUCCUCCUCCAGGGGCUGCCCGCCCGCUCUGGUCCAGCCCGGCCUUGGCACCUCCCCACCGGUAGCCGCUCCGGGGAUCAGCGGCGGGUGCGGCAGCCACGUCUGAAAGCAGCUCAUUGUCUGGGAGCCGCGGCAGCUGGAGAGAGCAGGCAGCAAACAGGCCGACAACGCGCCCCCUCCGCACCAGCCCCUCCCCGGCUCCCCUGCCCAACUUCCUUCCGAAAUUCCGACGUCCCUCCCGCAGAAGCGCCGGCGGACGUCUGCGGAGCACUAUCAGUGGUGGUGGUGGUGGUCUACUUCCGUUAUCAUGAUGAGGCUUCGCUUUGCCAGCACCACCGUGGCAAUCCUUGCUGUGAUUCAGACCGGAUUUCUACUGUUUUUGUAUGCUCAACAUGGUGGCUUAAUGUCUCGGGCUGAAGAGAAGCCAGCCCAGGUGCACAUCCUCAUCCUCUCGACCUGGAGAUCAGGCUCCUCCUUUGUGGGGCAGCUCUUCAGCCAGCACCCUGACGUCUUCUACUUGAUGGAGCCCGCCUGGCAUGUGUGGGUAACCAUGUACCAAAACAGUGCCAAGGUCUUGCACAUGGCGGUGCGGGACCUCGUCCGGUCCAUCUUCCAAUGUGACAUGUCUGUCUUUGAUGCCUACAUGCCUCGGAAGAGAAACGUGUCAGAUCUCUUUCAGUGGGCAGUGAGUCGGGCAUUAUGCACAGAUCCUGCUUGUGAAUACUUCCAGCGCACAGAGAUCACCAGUGAAAGUGCCUGCAAAACCCUCUGUGGCAAGUACCCCUUCAGCAAGGUGGAAGAAGCCUGUAAGACUUACAGCCACAUUGUCCUGAAAGAAGUCCGGUUCUUUGACCUGAAAGUGCUCUAUCCUCUCCUCAAUGAUCCCUCCUUGAACCUCAAAAUCAUCCACUUGGUCCGUGACCCCAGGGCAGUAGUAAAGUCCCGAGAACAAUCUGCGAAAGCCCUUGCCAGGGACAAUGGGAUUGUUCUGAGCAUGAAUGGCACUAAAGUGGAAGACAACCAGUACAAAGUCUUGCAGGAAAUCUGCCGAAGCCACGUUCAGAUUUAUGAAACCGCUAGUCUGAAGCCUCCACGUUUUCUACAAGAUCGCUACUUGAUGAUUCGAUUUGAAGAUCUUGUUCAAGAUCCCUUGGCAGAAAUUACAGCAAUGUACAAAUUUGCCAAUCUUCAGCUGACUAGCAAACUUGAACACUGGAUUUAUAACAUCACACAUGGACAAGGGCCAAGUAGGAAGAGAGAAGCCUUCAAAAUAACGUCUCGAGAUGCAGUUAACGUCUCUCAGGCGUGGAGAAAUAUUCUUUCCUUUCAGAAAGUCAAGAAAGUGCAAGAAGUUUGUAAAGGUGCCUUAAAUAUCCUUGGCUAUCAACUUGUGGAUUCUGAGAAGCAGCAAAAAGAUCUGUCAUUGGAUUUAGUGUUGCCAUAUCGACGGAACCAAUUCAGCUGGGCCUCAUUCAGUCACACCUAGGUGAAGCUUUGCAGUGCCUUCAUUGGUAAUGAGCAAGGAUUGAUUUGAAUGGUUGAAUCCAGUUCUUGUAGCCGCUGCUAACGUGCUGCCCUUUACACAGACUGGAGCAGAUGGGACCUUCAAGUGAAGGGAUCCUUCAUUUGCAGGUGUAAUACUUGGAUCAAUUGUUUCUUAUUGAACAACAAUUUGUAGCAUCCUAAACCAGCCGUCAUGUUCAACAUAGUGUUUCACAUACAAUAAUUUUUCCCUUCCGCUGUGAGAAGAAACUGAAUGAAAUUGUUGUGGUCGUCUGCAAUCUUACGUGCUGUUCCUGAAUGUUGUUUUUAAAGUUGUUCUUGAUGUUUUGGCAAACCAGACUUGUUAGGUGACGGAGACAGAGCAAAGUUGUGCCACUGUGCUUCCCUUGUUCCUUCAAACUGUCCACUUGAAGUGAUGCAUUGUGGGGCUAACUUGCUCAGGGGAGAAGCCUGGGAGUGUUACUCUGCAGAUGGGCUGAUUGGCAGCUUGUCCUUCAAAUCAAAGUCAAAUAAAAAUAUUGGUUUCUGAAGUA